CAGCAGAGUCAAGAUGACCACAGCCACCACUCUGGGGGACGCCAUCUUCUCACUGAACAUGACCAGAGGAGAAGACUUCCUGUAUAAGAGUUCUGGGGCCAUUGUGGCUGCCAUCGUGGUGGUUGUCAUCGUCAUUGUCACCUUGGUUCUGAUCCUGCUGAAGCUGUACAACAGGAGAAUGAGAACCAGGAGGGAGCUGGAGCCCAAGAGCCCAAAGCCACCUGUGCCUCCUCCCCUGGACCCAAACAGCAACGGCCCCCAGCAGCCUGCAACUGUGACCUUCAGCCCUGCAGAUAUCCAAGUGGAGUCUCGGUGACCCUGCCCUGGCGCCACCCCUGCCUCUGCAAAGAGCUUUGAGGACCCGGAGGCACACGCUUCUGGCAGCUUCACUGAGUUCUCUCUGCUUGGGUAAACUGAGGCCCCUUUCAUACAACCCCGCAGCUUGAAGCCAUCCUUAACUGUGUUCUGCAUGGCCAUCCCAGCUGUGUCCAUAUCCCUGCUGCCACUAUAUCAGAGAGCUAAGGACAAUCUUCUGUCACCUGA